AUGAGACGACUACUGUUCUUUGGGCUCCAUUUUGUUGUUGCUGUUGCUACAGUGACUACACCGGCUACUGUUGACAGUACUGUAACGACAUUGUCGACCGCUCGGCUGUGGGAUGUAAUUAUUAAAACUUGUGAUGCGAUCGGCUCGGGAACGGAUGCUGCUGCUUAUUUAAAGUUAUACUAUGAACAGCACCAUGACGGCGAGACAUUUCAGUUGGACAAUCCGGGAAGAAAUGAUUUCGAGCGAGGCGCCCGUGACCACUUCAAACUACGAUUCCGACAGCGUGACGUCAUCAACAUCGGUCUCUUCUGGUGGCCCGGCUUUUCCUUGUCCCAGCAGUGGUGCGUCGAUUGGGUACUCCUCUUGAAUUCCGACACUGAGACAUGCUUCGAAGCCAUCUUCGAGAAGUGGAUUCAUCACUAUAGAGACCCACCUACCUACGCCAGCGGCUUUGCCAAGCUUCCAUUCUCCGAAUGCGUUGGCCCAGGAAGAGAAAACGCCACCCGAAUGCACUACAAACGUUUCGACGAAGAAGAUCGAUUACGUUCAAGC